GGUCGGUGUGGCGAAUGUCAUCAGUUAACACAAGCUCACACAGCCAGGAACAUCUCCAAGAAGUGGAGUUGUUCAAAUUGGUGUAACUCCGUCGUAUCACCCGAGUCUCUUAACGGUUGUACCGUUUGCCCACGCACAAAAUGCGCGCUUUCGUGAUCCUUGCCUGCGUGGCACUCGCCUAUGGGCGCCCCGAGCCUCCAGUAGGUUACAGUUAUCCUGCUCCUUCAAGGCAUUCAGCCCCAUCAGGCAGCUAUGGUGCUCCUUCCCUCGGAGGAAUAAGGGUUUCCUCUGGCCAAUCUGGCCUCUCCUUCGGAGGCAUCUCCGGUGGACACUCUGGAUUCUCUAGCGGUGGAAUCUCCCUUGGCUCAGGCAGUGUAAGCAGUGGUUUCGGCGGUGGUCUCGGCGGUGGAUUUGCUGGUGAUGCCGGUUUCAGCGGUGGCUAUGCUGGAGGCUACUCUGGCGCUCCUCUAGUCCAGAAGCACAUCUACGUCCACGUUCCACCCCCAGAACCCCAGGAACAAAGGCUGCCACGUAUCACCCCCGUUGCUCCCCCACAAAAGCACUACAAGAUCAUCUUCAUCAAGGCCCCAACUCCUCCCACUCCCGUGGCUCCCAUCAUCCCAAUUCAGCCUCAGAAUGAGGAGAAGACCCUCGUCUACGUUCUCGUCAAGAAACCCGAAGAACAGCCCGACAUUGUCAUCCCCACCCCAGCUCCCACUCAACCCUCGAAACCAGAAGUUUACUUCAUCAAAUACCAGACCCAAAAGGAAUCUGAUGCUGCUAUUAGCGGAGCUCUCGGUGGUGGUUCUCUCGGCGGUGGUGCUAUCGGAGGCGGUCUUAUUGGCGGUGGUUCCAUUGGUAGUGGAGCUAUCAGCGGUGGUUCCAUCAGCGGCGGCUCUAUCGGUGGUGGUGACAUCAGCGGCAUCAGCGGCAUCAGUGGUGGUUCAGUGCUCGAAGGUGGAGCCUCCGGUCACGGUGGAGCUGAAAUCUCUGGUGACUUUGGUGCUAGCGCCGUUGAAGAAAGCGCGGCCGGACACGGUGGCUCAGCCAGCGCGCAAUACGGUCCCCCUGGCCACGUUGCUGGACCUCUUCACUAAACUUAAAUUGGCGGUUAUCUGGGUGGUAGGAUGCAAGAUAAAGUAUUUAUUGCUAAGCGAAAAAUAACUUAAGACGUAAUAGUGACGUCUUCGUAUUCAUCGAGGCUGUAUAAAGAUUUAUCUGUUCGCCACCGACAGCUCACGAUCGAAUUGCCUGUACAUAGUCACCUUCCUUUAUUCGAACGCGAGCUCUCAUCGACAUAAUUGAGUUAUGUGCAUCGCCAUUCAUCUUUACUUGUUAUUAGUGCACAGUGUUAAUGUUGUUCCAACAGAGUAUUUUACUGCGACUGUUACGUUUAUGUAUUAUAAAUAGCUUUUUUAUUUUUUGUAAUAAAACGUGUA